UACCAGUUUGAUGAUAGGUCACCUCAGAUGUUACACAGUGUAGAUUUAGAGGUUUUGUUACCAGCUGUCCUUCUUUGCAGUCUGAUUGCACCAGUGCUGGCACACAGGCGCUCCUGUUUUUGUGGUGUAUGAAGAACUUCUGGCGGCGUGCUUUAGUAGAGCCGGUCUGCAUUGCGUCGAAACCAUCCAACCCCUCCUCCUCCUCCACCUCCUCCUUCUCCUGCUGCUCUCCCUCCCCUCUCUUUUUCCCUCACCUCUCCCGCACUCGCAUGUAAAAUGCACAGCGAAACUUGCUUGACAUUGUGGGGAAAACAUUUUGGACCUCGCUGCUGCACUUAAUUGUCUCUCAACUGUCCGUUUUGUUUUUAUGCUGCGCUCCGAGCCGCGCUCAAACACAUCCUGUCCGUCAUCUUGUCUUACUCGCAAAAAGCAGCAGAUUCCUGCUGAUGCAGUGAUGUCUGGAAAUGCCAGGGGCUCGCUUAUUGCCCCUUACUGUAUCUCCCCCCCCGAAAUGCAGCGCAAGAUCUUCUCCUGCGGUAUACUGUAAGCUCUUCACGCCACCGUGCCUCCGCGCAAGCAACUACCGACGCUACAGCUUUGCCUUUCUGUCUUUUCCAUCUCAGGCUAUCAUUACCACACUCACCCGAAUUUCAUCUUGCUGUACCUCAUCUUGGUUCGCCGCCUAAAGGCGUUUAGACCCCCUUUGAGGGCACUUCGUGGCGGACACAGUUGGGAUGGCGAUGAGCUUACUUGGGAUCUAGGCUUUUUUUUUCUUGCUGUUUUUUCUUUUUUUGGUAGGUGCAUUGUAAAGUUGCCACAUGACAUCCUCUGGUGACCUGCUGUUGGAUGAUUUUACUCGAGGAUAAGACGCAUUCAAGACCUUUCAAGAAUCAGCCCACGAAGCAUCAGUAACAACAGCAGCAGAUGCACCGGAGAGCAGCAAUGGUCAAGUCAGCGAGAACCGCAGUGGAGCCGCACUGAGGCAAAGCAGCCAACCAGCCCUCUCGUAUCCGGGGACGUCUCCAACAAUCUAAGGGGUGUGGGAAGCUGAGGAGAGGAAAAUUUACCCUGAAGCUGAAUGCCUGCUUAGUCAGACUAACCAACAUCCCAAACCAACUCCUCCUCUACCUCUUCCUCCUCCUCCUCCUCCAAAAAUGACCGUGGUAGCUGGAGACAACAUGGACGAGACCUCUGCUGUCCCUGGCCACCCUCAGGACACCUACCCCCCAGACCACAAUGACCAUGAAUGCUGCGAGCGGGUGGUCAUCAACAUAGCUGGUCUCCGGUUUGAGACACAGUUGAAAACUCUCUCCCAGUUUCCAGAAACGUUGCUGGGCAACCCCAAAAAACGGAUGCGGUACUUUGACCCUCUGAGAAACGAGUACUUCUUUGAUAGAAACCGUCCCAGCUUUGAUGCCAUCCUCUAUUACUACCAGUCUGGGGGUCGGCUGAGAAGACCAGUGAAUGUCCCCUUGGAUAUGUUCUCAGAAGAAAUCAAAUUUUACGAGCUUGGAGUGGAAGCCAUGGAGAAGUUUCGUGAGGAUGAGGGUUUCAUUAGGGAGGAAGAACGUCCUUUACCUGAGAAGGAGUUCCAGCGUCAGAUUUGGCUCCUCUUUGAGCAUCCCGAAAGCUCAGGCACUGCGAGAGGGAUUGCCAUAGUGUCUGUGAUGGUAAUCCUUAUUUCAAUUGUCAUAUUUUGUUUAGAGACUUUACCACAGCUGAAAGAGGACCCAGUAGGUCACAUGGUGACAGUUGGGAACAGUACUAUAUAUUACAAGCCAAAUAUCCUCACUGACCCCUUCUUUGUCAUUGAGACGCUCUGUAUAAUCUGGUUCUCCUUUGAGUUGAUAGUGCGUUUUCUGGCGUGCCCAAGCAAACCGGCCUUCUUCAAGAACAUGAUGAACACGAUUGACAUCGUGGCCAUCAUCCCUUACUUCAUUACACUUGGUACUGAGCUGGCUGAAGACCCAGAAAAUGAGGGAGUGGGAGAACAGGCAACGUCUCUGGCCAUACUCAGGGUGAUCCGUCUGGUCAGGGUGUUUCGGAUUUUCAAGCUGUCACGACACUCCAAAGGACUUCAGAUUUUGGGGCAGACCCUCAAGGCCAGCAUGCGAGAGCUCGGAUUGCUGAUUUUCUUUCUGUUCAUUGGAGUCAUCUUGUUCUCCAGCGCUGUCUACUUUGCUGAGGCAGAGGAGCAAGGAUCCUACUUUGGCAGCAUCCCAGAUGCAUUUUGGUGGGCUGUUGUGUCUAUGACAACUGUGGGCUAUGGGGACAUGGUCCCGGUCACUAUUGGGGGCAAGAUUGUAGGAUCUCUGUGCGCCAUCGCCGGAGUGUUGACAAUUGCGCUCCCAGUGCCUGUCAUUGUGUCCAACUUCAAUUACUUCUACCACAGGGAGACCGAGGGUGAAGAGCAGGCCCAACUGCUCAACGUUAGCAACCCCAACAUCCCCUCUGAAACCAACUCCAGCCGCCGUAGUUCAUCCACCGUCAGCAAGUCAGAGUACAUGGAGAUUGAUGGAGACAUAAACAACAGCAUCGACAACUUUAGGGAGGCAAACCUGAGAACUGGCAAUUGCACUAUAGCCAACCAAAACUGUGUAAAUAAAAGCAAGCUCCUUACAGAUGUUUAGACACAAGUUAGGACCUUGGGAUCUCUAUGGGACUGUGAUAUGUGGAGUAGACCAUCAGUAAGGAAUGCUUCAUUUACCUCCCCAAAACACUCUAUGGCAUUAGGCCUACAUCUAUGCUCAGCUAUAUAGAAAGGACACAGAAUAAGCAAAGCUCUUAGAGUAUAUGACAGGUAGAUAGAAUAAUUAAUUCCCAUGAUCCUACAAAUAUAUUGGUACAUCAAAAAAUAAAUCAUCAAUUAUUAUGCAUCCAUACGGCUCCCUGGAGGACGCAGAGCACACACUGUCUUAUCAGUUGACGGCGUGGUUAUUAAAAUCUUAUGCAUGGAGUACAGAUAACAUUUCAGCAAGUUGCACAAUGCAUCAGAAAAAGUCUGCAGAGACAUGCAAGCAUCUGCAGCCAAGUGGUAAGCGCCAAGAAGUUUGGUGAACCUUCACCCCCUCCCCACCCCCCAUCUCGUCUCCUCUCUCCCUACGAAGGAUCUACUAUUCAGCAAAGCACCUUAUAGGAGGAAGACUGAUCUCUCUUGUUUGGAUGUAAACAGAUGGUGAUCUACAUGCUUCACGGACAUCUGCAAUGCUGCUGUUUUCCAGCAGAUGCUGUAAAUGUGAUAUCACCAAGUGAUUCAAUGCCAUGCCCUUUAGAUGCAGCACAGCACAAUGAUAAAGUGAGCUUCACUCUAGCAUGAUUACAGACUUUCCAUUUUGAUAACGGCAUGCACGAGACAUAUCUCACAUAAUGGAAAGGAUGUUCUUUUGGAUACUUCCAUCCACCCCUUCUCACCCGUUUUCAUACUGAGUGCACUGGAUGAGUUUUUAAUUUGAGAUGCUGAGCAUUUAGAAGUAUAGAAAUUGAAUGUUAAAUCUUUAGGGAACAGUACAUAAAUGAGAUCAUAGCAUGAAAAAAGUAAUCUGCAUUAUAGUCUGUCGACUGAGAUACUUUUGUAUCCUAUUUAAUGCAUGACAUGAGUAUACAGCUUGUUGCAAUUCAGGCACUCUGCAGUGCCCUUUUGUCAAGGAAACUA